CCUCUCUGUGGCCAUGGACACCUCGUACCCGCGGGAGGACCACAAGCGGGAGCCGUCCUCCACCAUCAGCUCCCCGCCGCCCCGUGACCACCUCGUCUGGUCCAUCUUCAACACCAUCUACAUGAAUUUCUGCUGCCUUGGCUUCGUGGCGCUCGCCUUCUCCGUCAAGGCGCGGGACCGGAGAGUGUCCGGGGACGUGGAAGCUGCUCGGCGGUUCAGCUCCAAGGCCCGGUGCUACAACGCCCUGGCCACGGCCGGGAGCGUGGUGCUGCCGCUGCUGCUGGCCGCCCUGGUCAUCACCGGCGUCAUCCACCUCUCCAAGCUCGCCCACGAGUCCGUCGGCUUCUUCACCUACCAAUUCAGCCCCAGCGACGAGGAGGACAAGUGACCGGUGGGCAAAGGGCUCCU